AUGAACGCUUGCUUACUCCUUUUCGUUCUGGGCCUAGCAGCCACCUAUGUGGCGCCAAGUGCAGCGGACUAUGCAGAACUGGAGGGCAAGAUUCAGGACUUACAAACAAGAAUAGAGAACCUUGUUGCCGGUAUUAUCCAUGGAGACGACGAUGAGGUCAUGGAGUCAGCACACCGUAGGAAGAGGAGCGGCAACUACUACUUCGCUGCAGCAAGGGGUCCCGCCGGACCAGUGGGAGCGCCUGGUGCUCCAGGAGCGCCUGGUACCCCAGGCCCUGCUGGCCCCCAGGGAGCCACUGGUGCACAGGGAGAAAAGGGAGAUGGUGGAGACCAAGGUGCACCAGGUGUCCCUGGCGCCGAUGGACCACAUGGUCCACAGGGAAACACAGGUGAAGUCGGAGAGCAAGGACCUCCGGGCCCAGUAGGUCCACAGGGAGAUAAGGGAUUUACUGGCGCCACCGGUGAAAGGGGAUACCCAGGAAUGCCAGGAGCCGACGGACCAGCCGGACCUCAGGGACAGCAGGGAGAUGAUGGUAUAGCCGGUCCCCCGGGGGCUCCAGGCGCUGACGGAGAAAAGGGAGACCAAGGAGCACCAGGUGCUGUUGGGGAGGUAGGUGAAGCAGGACCUAUGGGACCAACAGGACCACAGGGCCCACAGGGUCCACAGGGACAAGAAGGACCAGCAGGGCCACAGGGAAGACAGGGAUACCCAGGACAACGAGGGGCUACAGGAGCGAGAGGCUUGACAGGACCACAAGGUUACCCUGGCGCCACUGGCAGAGCUUACGCAUACAGGGCUCCAGCCCCUAAAUAUUAUGCCGCCCCUGCACCAGUCUUUAAGUCAUCAUCAGCUCCAGCCAAUAUUAAGGACAUUGUUGGGAAGCUACAUGGUUACACGGUGCGCGUCAAGUUUCUCGCCGUGUGUAACUCUGACAUUGUUGGGAAGCUACAUAGUUACACGGUGCGCGUCAAGUUUCUCGCCGUGUGUAACUCUGACAUUGUUGGGAAGCUACAUGGUUACACGGUGUGCUUCAAGUUUCUCGCCGUGUGUAACUCUGACAUUGUUGGGAAGCUACAUGGUUACACGGUGCGUUUCAAGUUUCUCGCCGUGUGUAACUCUGGUAUUGUUGGGAAGCUACAUGGUUACACGGUGCGCUUCAAGUUUCUCGCCGUGUGUAACUCUGAUAUUGUUGGGAAGCUACAUGGUUACACGGUGUGCUUCAAGUUUCUCGCCGUGUGUAACUCUGACAUUGUUGGGAAGCUACAUGGUUACACGGUGCGCGUCAAGUUUCUUGCCGUGUGUAACUCUGACAUUGUUGGGAAGCUACAUGGUUACACGGUGCGCGUCAAGUUUCUCGCCGUGUGUAACUCUGACAUUGUUGGGAAGCUACAUAGUUACACGGUGCGCGUCAAGUUUCUCGCCGUGUGUAACUCUGACAUUGUUGGGAAGCUACAUGGUUACACGGUGUGCUUCAAGUUUCUCGCCGUGUGUAACUCUGACAUUGUUGGGAAGCUACAUGGUUACACGGUGCGUUUCAAGUUUCUCGCCGUGUGUAACUCUGGUAUUGUUGGGAAGCUACAUGGUUACACGGUGCGCUUCAAGUUUCUCGCCGUGUGUAACUCUGAUAUUGUUGGGAAGCUACAUGGUUACACGGUGUGCUUCAAGUUUCUCGCCGUGUGUAACUCUGACAUUGUUGGGAAGCUACAUGGUUACACGCUACAUGGUUACACGGUGCGCGUCAAGUUUCUCGCCGUGUGUAACUCUGACAUUGUUGGGAAGCUACAUGGUUACACGGUGUGCUUCAAGUUUCUCGCCGUGUGUAACUCUGACAUUGUUGGGAAGCUACAUGGUUACACGGUGUGCUUCAAGUUUCUCGCCGUGUGUAACUCUGGCAUUGUUGGGAAGCUACAUAGUUACACGGUGCGCGUCAAGUUUCUUGCCGUGUAUAACUCUGACAUUGUUGGGAAACUACAUGGUUACACGGUGUGCUUCAAGUUUCUCGCCUUUUAUAACUCUGACAUUGUUGGGAAGCUACAUGGUUACACGGUGUGCUUCAAGUUUCUCGCCGUGUGUAACUCUGACAUUGUUGGGAAGCUACAUGAAGACGGCAAAAUAAGGAAGAAAAGACACUUGUGGAUGGCUGGACCUCCAGGCCCGAUGGGAAGUACAGGAGCCCCUGGACACCCAGGACUUCCAGGAGCACCUGGUCCAGUUGGACCCACGGGAUACCCAGGGUACCAAGGAGAAAAGGGUGAUCAGGGUGUGGAGGGACCUCCUGGACCUGUUGGUGAACAUGGUCCACAGGGCCCCACGGGCGAGACAGGACCUGUAGGUGAGAUGGGUGCAGUAGGACCUCAGGGACCAAAAGGACUGGACGGAGAACAGGGACCUCGGGGAGAUAAUGGCGAACAGGGAAUGCCUGGACCAGCCGGUCCCCAGGGAGAAAAGGGUGUACAGGGAGAAUAUGGACCACAAGGCUAUCCCGGAAUGGCAGGUGAUAAGGGUUUACAAGGAUACCACGGCUAUCCAGGAAUGCCAGGUGACACUGGACCUAUGGGACCCCCAGGAGCAGUAGGCGAGGCUGGACCAAUUGGAGCCGUUGGUCCACAUGGUCCCCAAGGACCCAUGGGAAAGCCAGGCUUUCCGGGACAUACCGGUGCUCCAGGUGCACCAGGAAAACGCGGAUACACCGGGGCCCCGGGCCCAGCGUACGCUGUCAGGUAUAAGAGUGCACAGGCACCUCCACCUGCACCUUACAAAGGUUAAAUAAUAUUUUUUUCAUAAUUGAUAUGAUCGAUAUUCCAUUUUUUGUUUUACAGAAA